UCAAAUCUCUCGCUCUCAUGGCCACCUCUCCCCUCCUCCUCCUCGCCGCCUCCACGCCGCCCUAGCUAGGCUACAACGAUCUCUCCAGAUCUCCCAUGGCGGACGCGUCGCAGCGCCGUGGCCGGCGGCGCGGCGGGGGCGCCGCCCGCCCGCGCGGCUGGUGCUGCUCCUUCGCUGGCGUUCCCCCGAGCCCCGACCACCGCUCGUUGCCUUCCGCCGCGGCUUCUGUGCCGGCAGCCGCGUCCCCCGCCGGAGGCGGAGGCGGUGGAAGGAAGCUGCCGCCUAAGUCCCCCUCCUCUCUGCCGUCCUUCCAGGGCUCGCCAGCGUCGUCCAGGCUGGCUGGCCUCGGCGGGCUAAUCGAUCCCCGCCGCAUCCUCUCCCCUGGGCGCGUCUCUCCCAUCGAUCCCGACGAGUCGAUCCCGCUUCCACUCCCGCUGCCGCUUCCGAUGCCACCGCGUGCAGAGGCGGUGGAGGACGUAGUUCCGACGGAGCAGCUGGCUUCGGCUUCGGCUUUGGCUUCGGCGUCGGCAGUGGUGCCAUUGGUGGCCGUGCGGGAGGACGAUGGGGGCAACGAAGCAAUGGAUCUGAGGCUUUUCAUUCGAGGGAGGGACGGGAGGUGCGUAGUCAUGGAGCUGGAUUCUAGGGUUCUCUGCGACAGCAGUGCCUUCUUCGCAGGCAUGGCGCCGGAUGCGGGCUUCGCCGCGGGCGGCGGUGGAGGUAGCGGGAAGAGGAUUGAGGUGGACGGGGUGGAGAAUGUGGAGGCGUUUAGGACGGCGGUGGAGCUCAUGUACGAGCCCGAUCCAGUGCGGUGGCUUGCCGCGGCUGGCAUGUCACGGGCCAUCGAUGUGCUUGAGGUAUCUUCCUCGAUCAUGUUUGACAAGGGAAUUAAUGCAUGCUUGACAUACAUAGAAGCAUCUCCCUGGAGCGAGAAUGAGGAGGAAAAGCUGAAGAGUCUCUUUGCAAGAUGCACUUUUGAUGAGGCAAUAUCUCAAGAUGUACUGGCUAGAUUGCGGACACACAGCUCGAGCAGCUCGGAAGACCUCGCGGUUCAUCUCAUCCAAUCUGUCACUAGCAGCACGAAUAGUGGUGCAAGAAAAGACAUGCAAUCUUUGGUCAAUGGUCUUCUAAGCAAGAGCUCAGUCUAUCAAAAGGACUUGGUAGGGCUACACAAAGAGAGCAUAUACCGUAUCAUUCUUUCAUGUUUUGGAAAGCUGGUGGAUCUCUUUGAAGAAGCUACAGAGUCAGCAAAUCACACAGCUCAAGUGUUGGUUGCUCAAGAGGGUAAACCAUUGAUCGAGCGAAUUUCUCGACAAACAGAAAACCUCAACUGGCUCUUAGACAUCCUUGUAAACAAUGACAUGGCAGAAGAGUUUGUGGAAUUGUGGGCAAUGCAAGAUGGGCUCAUUAAGAUGCACAAGGAAGCAUCACCGAUGAUCAGAUACGAGCUAAGCAGAAUAUCAGCCGGUGUGUUCAUUGCACUUGGCAAAGGAAAAGUGCAGUGCCGGGGUGACCUGAGGAGCCUCCUCUUUUACGUAUGGUUCGGACCAAUGCUACUGGAUUUCGGCUGGCUUCAGCGGUGCUCCAAAGGUCUAGAUGUAAGAUCGUUGGAGGAAAACAUUGGGCAUGCCCUUCUAACCCUCUCGCUCAAGCAGCAGCAGUUUUUGUUCGAGGAGUGGUUCCAAUGCUUCGCGUCUAGAGGAGCAGAGUGUCCGAAUCUUACUAGAGCUUUCCAGGUAUGGUGGAGAAGGUCCUUUGUUAGAUCAUCGGUGGAAGCGGGUCGUUGAUGUUUUAUGUUGUCUGCUAGUACGUGCUGUGUGUAUUAUUUGUAAAAUGGACUGCUGUAAUAAGUAGUAGUGGUGAAUUGUUGGGCACCAUAGGUUAGCUCUUCCGACUGUAUGUGCAUAGCUUAGGUGAGUUUGUUUGUGGAAUGAAUGGCUGUGAGUGGUUUGGCAUCUGAUGGAUGGUUUUACAGCUAGUACUGAAGGCUUGCGGCGACAUGUCAAGGUAAUACAGGUAUU